AUGGCCGCGCCCGUGUCGCAGCCGCCGGUGGCCGCCAGGGCGUCCACGCGGUUCCUCCCCCGUGGGAUAGGCGCGCUUCCGGAGUCCGCCCCCGCGUCCCUCCGGUUCUCCGUCGGCCGCCGCCACCGCGCCGCUCGCCUAGAGGUGAAGGCGUCCGGAAAUGUGUUCGGGAACUACUUCCAGGUUGCAACCUAUGGCGAAUCCCAUGGAGGGGGCGUUGGUUGUGUGAUCAGUGGCUGCCCACCCAGAAUUCCUCUCACUGAGGCAGACAUGCAAGUAGAACUCGAUAGAAGGGAUGACCACUGGUACACCAAUUCACGUUUUGUCCCGAACACAGAUCAAAGAGGCGGUGAUUACAGUGAAAUGGCUAAGGCGUACAGACCAUCCCAUGCAGAUGCAACCUAUGACUUCAAGUAUGGUGUUAGAGCUGUGCAGGGAGGCGGAAGGUCAUCGGCCAGAGAAACCAUUGGCAGGGUGGCUGCAGGAGCUCUUGCAAAGAAAAUUCUGAAGCUCAAAUCAGGAGUGGAGAUCUUUGCAUUUGUUUCUAAAGUGCAUCAAGUCGUACUUCCAGAAGAUGCAGUUGAUUAUGAGACUGUAACCUUGGAACAGAUAGAGAGCAACAUCGUUAGAUGUCCUGAUCCAGAAUAUGCAGAGAAGAUGAUUGCUGCCAUUGAUAAAGUACGAGUUAGAGGAGAUUCGAUUGGUGGGGUCGUCACAUGCAUUGCAAGAAACGUUCCUCGUGGUAUUGGCUCUCCUGUUUUUGACAAACUUGAAGCUGAACUGGCAAAAGCUAUGCUUUCUCUUCCUGCAAGCAAGGGGUUUGAGAUUGGCAGUGGGUUCGCUGGUACGGACUUUACUGGAAGUGAGCAUAACGAUGAGUUCUAUAUGGAUGAGGCUGGAAAUGUGAGGACACGAACUAAUCGCUCAGGCGGUGUUCAGGGAGGGAUAUCGAACGGUGAAAUUAUUUACUUCAAAGUGGCUUUUAAGCCAACAGCAACUAUCGGAAAGAAACAAAAUACUGUAUCAAGGGAGCAUGAGGAUGUUGAACUUUUGGCAAGGGGGCGCCAUGACCCGUGUGUUGUCCCUCGAGCUGUUCCUAUGGUGGAAUCCAUGGCUGCGCUGGUCCUGAUGGACCAGCUCAUGGCGCAUAUUGCUCAGUGUGAGAUGUUUCCGCUGAACCUUGCCCUACAAGAGCCCAUUGGCUCUGCUAGCAGUGCAUCUGAACUGGCACCAAGCCUAUCAUAA